CGGACCUUCCAAUGCAUCUCGGGCUCUUGGCAAUUGGCAAGUGCGAGCAAGUCUUCAGACUCCACACACCUACCCGGCUACCCCUGCAUUCAAACACAGCUCUCUCCUGCUCGAGAUCCCAUCCUCCUCCAGGCAGACAGCCGCCCGCAGGCCGCAGCGGUAGCAGAUCCACCGGCGCGCGCGGGUGGCGAUGGGCGUCGUCUCGGCGGUGGCGGACCUGGCCGUCGCGGUCUUCUCGCUCACCAUCGCCGUCGCGGCCCCGCUGAUGGACGCGCAGACCGUCCUCCCGCCGGGCCUCCACCCGGCGCCGCUCGUGGAGCUCAAGCGCUGGUGCGCCGCCGAGUACGGGGACUACCUCAUGGCCCGGCCCCCCGGCUUCUUCCGCGGCCUCAUCUGGCUCGAGCUCGCCUUCCAGUGGCCGCUCGCCGUCGCCACCCUCUACGGCCUCCUCACCCGCCGCCGCUGGGUCGCCACCACCUCCCUCAUGGCCGGCGUCUCCACCCUCACCUCCAUGUCUGCCAUACUUGGUGAGCUGUUAGGUUCGGGCAAAGCAACACCAAAAUUGCUUCAGGUGUAUGUUCCUUUUGCCGCUUUUGGCGUCAUUGCAAUUCUACAUGGACUUUGCUCAUGCUCUCCACGUACCACCGCUGGUUCAUCAGUUGGGCCUUCUGCUCGGAAGAAGAGAGCCUAGGUACUUUUCAGGGGAACGUAUUGGCUACGUCAAUAGGCUCUAUUGCAGCGUCAUGAGCAUCAACACGCUCUUGUCCUCCAAUGUCAGCAGCUUGAGGAGGCGGCACUUCGAAUCUUUGCGUCCUUUGGUUGGUUAUCGUCGAGUCGAUUAGGUUUCCAUUAAUCAUGAGAGAAACUUGUUGCAGUUUGUUUACCUUGCUUGGACUUGUUUGUGCGAGAGUGUGGAACCUUUUACUCGUUUGUAAUAAGUGGACUGAUUCUACCCUGUGUAGAUGAAGCCGGAUAAUAUCUAUCCUUUAUCUAAAAAAGACAGCAUGAAAUGUUUGGUUAUACCACAAGUACACCAAAACUGCUGAUACUAGAUAUGCUGAAGUAUGUAGCUUCUAUAUUCAGGUUAAACCUCAGCUGUAGUGUUGCAGCCAAAAGAACACAUAGAACUUCUCUCACACUAUGAAAUCGCUGCAAUAUUCAGUA